GACUCUGAAGACUAUAACAAGAAGUAUGUGGACAGUUGGUUACAGCAAGUUGUGGCCACUUCAGCUUGCAGAUCCUCUCCUAGGAAAACUGGUGCAGUGCAGGCACUCAUCCACCGAGAUGAGAAGAAAAAUGUCACGAGUGCUACUGCUAUGGAUACAGAUGAGACUGGAAGUCAGGAUCUUCUUGCCAGUGUUACAAUCAUCAGACCAGAGUCAGGUGAUGAACAGGGAGAACAACAAAGGGCAGCUGAAAAGAAUGAAGAGGAAGAAUCUCCAGAUGUCAUAUAUGGUACUCCAAAUUCCAGUGCAUUUCCUGUAUCCACCUCAAUCAACGAGAGUCUCAUUUCCUCAGAAGACCCAGACUCCUGGAAUGUCCCUGGUCCAUCAGGAAUCCAGACUAAGAAACAGCCUCCAUCCAAGCAGCCCCAUAACAUUCCUUGUGUGGUUGAAGUGAUACAGGAGAGGAUAAUUCCCAGAAACUCUGAAAAAACCAAAGGAAUGGACCAAAAAACACUACAGAGUGGAGUUUGUGUUGAGGUGACUCAGUUGGACACUAACAAUGCUGGAACAGAAGUGGAGUCUAGAUAUGCAAGUUCAGCCUCUCGGGAUGCCCCUGGCACAUCAGGAAUCCAGACUAAUGAGGAGCAGCACCUCAGUAAUGGUUUGGGGGAAGAGGGGGCAAAACAGAAAGUAAUUGCAGAAAACUUGCAAAAAGCCAGUGACAUGAAUCAAGAAACACAAACAAGAAGACCUUGUGAGGCUUCAAGGAAUGAUAGUGAUAAUUCUUCAAGUGGUGUGUCACUUCUCUUCCCAACUUCCCCUCCACAACCUUCCCAUAGGAGUAGCACAGUCGAGGAGAUUCACAGCCCCCGCAAUGAACCCAGUCCUACUGACAGUGAAUCCCUGACAGAAUUCAAGCACAAGCCAAAACCUCGCCCACCACCUUCACUCAUGUUCAAGCAUGUAGAAGCACGGAGAAGAGAUGCAGUUGCCUCUGUUCACCCACAGGAAAAACAGGCUGGUCCCAGGUGUUCCCAAAAAGACCCCAAGAACCUUGUGGGCAAUACAGAACCCCAGGGGCACCAAAGAAUAAAGUCUGAUCACCAUCAAGUGGUGCUGAGGGAUGGGAGGACUCUGCUCGGAUACCUCAGAUCUGUGGAUCAGUUUGCCAACCUCGUACUUCAUCGUACAGUUGAGAGAAUUUAUGUUGGGAAGAAGUAUGGUGACAUGGACAGAGGUGUAUUCAUUGUUCGUGGAGAGAAUGUUUGUCUUCUUGGAGAAAUUGUAAGUUCAAAGUUUGUGGUUGAUUUGCAUAAGGCAAAUCUAAACAAUGCUGCUGUAGAUGAAGAAAAAGAAGCACAUAACCCCCUAGAAAAGGUGUCAUUCAGUGAAAUCUUGGAAGAGCAACGACAUGAGCAGGAAGCAAAACAGGAGAAGGAAAGACUACGCAUGAAGUUCUUCAGCGAGAGAGGCCUUGUAGCCUUGAUGAUGGAGCUUUGCACAAAUGCUUUUGUCCUUAGUUUCGGCAGCAGCGUCAUGUACCGGAAGAAAAUCAUGCCAGAGCGCUGA